AUGGAAGAUGACAGAAAUCAUCAGGUCGCUCAGGGGGAUGUUUUUGAGGAUGUCGACAAUCACGGCAAUGACUGCUAUCGAGUGAUCAUCCAGUUCACUGGACGUAUGUUUGGCUCGUUUAGUCAGUGGGUCAUUUUCGACUUUGGCACCUAUCCAGUUCUGGUUCGCAAACUGUCUGUAGAAGUGGGCAGCCAAGAUGUACUCAAUGUGGUCAAGUCCCUCCACCAGAAGUACUUAUUUGAUAGGUGGACGAGUCAGAACUGCAAAAUAGUUCGACAGCCUGAACCUUCAAAUCCCACGGAUGAUCAACUGCUGCAGAAAUACAAGGCCCCAGAUGCGUCUGAGUGCCUCAUAACACAAGAUAUUAUUAUUGCUGAACUAAAUUGCAACAACUACAUCCACAAGAUGCACAAACUGUUGGAGCUAGAGGAGCUGACCAGACAUAAAAUCAUAUCAAGUUUCAACAUCUGCACAACUGUUCAAAUCCAGAACAAUAUUUCUGAAAGUGCAGGUUCAUUCUAUGCUAGACCAGGAGAGCUGUUUAUGAGAGUGCCUCUGUCAGACAAUUUGACUGAGGACACCAACGCCGGUCAAUUAAUCCUUACUAGUGUCAAGAAAAUCUGGUUUGCUCCAUUGAACCAAGGUCGGAAACGAGUUUUUGAAGCCAACAUUUUGGACUCUAGUAACUACGGCUUCGAUGGUCGUGGGAAAGAAUACAUUUACCUGUGUGUUCCUCCAGUUUGUGUACAGGCUCUGGGACUUGAGGCCGGGUCAAAUGUUGAAGUUGAGAUUCAGUUCCAGAUGAACCGACUCCAUUUUUGUCGCAUGCACUUCGCCAUUGACUGCUUGCAGAACAUCGACAUAGUCUUUCCAUAUACUAAAAACGUAAAUCCAUCAUUCAAACAGGAUACAGCUUUAACCCAUGUCAGUUCCAAGUUUCUGAAUGAGGACCAGAUGAAGGUAGUGCAACAUAUUGUAGCCGAGCGCGUUGGGUAUUCUCCUCCAUUUAUAAUGUACGGACCGUUUGGAACAGGCAAGACGGAAACCCUAGCACAGGCUACAAUGAUGCUGAUUAAAGAGUCCAAAUCAGCUCGCAUUUUGAUUUGUGCACAGUCAAACAGUGCUGCAGAUAGAUAUAUUGUGAAAUACCUCGAUAAAUUUCUUAAAGAGAGAAAACUGGAAGACAAGAUGAGACGGGUGUAUUUCAAAGAACGCCGUGUAAACACCGUGAAGCUAGAAGUCCAGAAAUACUGUGCAAUGACGGAGAGGAAGGAUGCCUUCAGUCCACCGUUUCGUGAGGACAUAAUGCAGCACAGCAUAGUCAUAACAACAGUGGAGACUUCGCUAGAGUUGUUGCACUUGAAUCUACGCGGCUACUUCACGCACAUCUUCGUAGACGAGGCAGCCCAAGUCCUAGAAUGUGCGAUCAUCAUGCCAUUGUCCCUGGCGACGGAGAAGACAUGUCAGGUAAGGUAUUUUACGUCAUCUAUGGCCACGAAGGCUUUCACGCACGCCUAUCCCGGGCUGAUUCUCCUUCUGACGUCGGCAUGA